CCAUCUGCAGGCUCAUGAUGUCAAAUCAGCCUCUUACCUGUCUGUGCACCACUCUGCUGUUGCCCUAAUGGCUGAAUAAACAGUUUAGCACUGAUUGUUCCCUCAGUGGCGUCUCAUCCAGAGGUGUUGAAUUACCCCCGUUGGCCCCCCUCUCCACACUCCCGCUGCAUCUGUAUCUCCUCCACAACUCCUCCUGCUCAUUAGCUUAAGCCCUCUAAUUGUACCGUUCCUCUGAUAAGGGUGGGCGUCAUAAAAAUUCCAGAAGUUGAGUCGGUGUUUAUGAAGAGUCUCCUGGCGUUGGCUGCCUCCGAGCUGAAAGGGAAAAGCUAAUCUUGGCCGCGACUAUCUCUGGCCUCCAUUAGGGGCCCGUUAAUGUGUGGGCCAUGCAGCAGGGUUUGGAGACAGAGGGACUGGGGAGUUGUUUUUGUUUGUAUGCGAUUGCUGGGAAGUACACAGUGUAAUGGCUCUGGGUGUGGCAGCUGCUCCGUAAAUGGAAAAGGCUGCGGGGCCGCGGAGGCAGACGGCGGCUCGCUGGAGGAGCAGCUGGAGCGCUCUCUGGUACUCACGGCCAGCGGCGGGUUCGGGGAGGCAAGCGAGAAGCUAACUAGCUUACCCGUGGCGGCUUCACGAUGAUGUUCGACCAUCCGCUGGCGACGCCGCUGGGCCUUCACAGGAAGCCCUCCAGGGUGGAGACGGCCAAGAGAUUCUGGAGGGAGCUGGUGGGCAGCAACCCUCCGCAGAGGAACUGGAAGGGAAUAGCGAUCGCCCUCCUUGUCAUUCUGGUCAUCUGCUCGCUGAUUGUCACCUCCGUCAUCCUGUUGACACCAGGAGAGGAUAACCGUCUGGAUCUGAAGGGCAAGGUGACGGUUGGAGACCUCUUCAGAAAAGACUUCAAGGUCCAUGACCCCAACGCCAAGUGGAUCAGCAGUAAUGAGCUUCUGUACCGAAGCCGCGAUGGCGACGUCAUCAAGUUCAACGUUGACACCAAUGAGAAAACCGUCUUGGUGCACAACAAGAAAUUCGAAAUGUACAAAGCCAGCAAGUAUGAGGUGUCUCCUGACAUGAAACAUGUGCUGCUGGCCUACAACGUCGCGCCGGUGUACCAGCACUCCUUCACGGCUUUCUACAUCAUUUGCAGUCUGGAAACUCCGGAGACGUGGAACCUGAACCCUCCGGAGGUGCGAAAUGCUCAGCUGCAGUACGCCGGCUGGGGGCCUCAGGAUCAGCAACUGAUUUUCAUUUUCGAGAACAACAUCUACUACCGGUCGAAGGUGGAGAGCCGCUCCAUUCGGCUGGUGUCCACUGGGAAAGAAGGCGUCAUCUUCAACGGGCUCAGUGAUUGGCUGUAUGAAGAGGAGAUCUUCCAGUCGCAUAUCGCCCAUUGGUGGUCUCCAGACGGAGCCCGGUUAGCGUACGCCACCAUCAAUGACUCUCUGGUGCCCCGCAUGGAGCUGCCCAUGUUCACCGGCACGCCGUACCCCAUGGGGAAGGACUACCACUACCCCAAGGCGGGCGAGGAAAACCCGGUGAUCACGCUGUAUGUGGUGAACUUGAACGGCCCCCUGCACACCAUCGAGAUGAGGAGACCCGAUGACCCACGGAUAGGUGAGUAUUAUGUGACCAUGGUGAAGUGGGCCACCACCACCAAGCUGGCCAUCAACUGGCUGAACCGAGCGCAGAACAUCUCCGUCCUGACGCUGUGCGAGGCCACGACGGGCGUCUGCACCAAGAAACACGAGGACGAGAGCGAAGGGUGGCUCCACAGGCAGAACGAGAAGCCGCUGUUCUCCAAAGACGGCCUCAAGCUUUUCUUCACGCGAGCGAUUCCUCAAGGAGGACGAGGGAAGUUCUUCCACAUCUCCAUGUCCAUCUCUCAGCCCAACACCAGCACCGACACGCUGCAGUCCAUCACGUCUGGAGACUGGGACGUCACUCAGGUCCUGGCCUACGACGAGGACAGCCAGCUGAUAUACUUUUUAAGCACUGAAGACGGUCCAAGGCGACGACAUCUGUACAGUGCGGACACGUUCGGCUCCUUCAACCGCCGCUGUCUGUCGUGCGCCUUGUCGGAGAGCUGCGGCUACAUCAGCGGCGCCUUCAGCCACAACAUGAGCUACUUCCUGCUCAACUGCCAAGGACCCGACAUCCCGUUUGUGGCCGUGUUCAAGACGCAGAGAGACGACGAAAGUGAGACGCAAGACCGGGAAAGUAUCUCAGAAGUCCAUAAACUGGAGACCAAUCAGAACCUGAGGGCGACUCUGGACAACAUGCAGAUGCCCACAGUGGACUUCAAAGAGAUCAAGACGGACGACUACACUCUGACGCUGCAGAUCCUGAAACCCGCCGGCUUCUCGGAGUCGGCCCACUACCCGCUGCUGCUGCUGGUUGACGGGACCCCCGGCGGCCAGACGGUGACGGAGCGCUUCCAGCUGGACUGGGCCUCGGCGCUGGUCAGCAGCUUCGGGGCGGUGGCGGUGCGCUGCGACGGGCGGGGCAGCGGCUUCCAGGGCACCAACCUGCUGCACCGCGUCCAGAAGAGGGUGGGGGUGCUGGAGGAGCAGGACCAGAGGGACGCGCUCAGCUUCAUCCUGAAGGAGCCGUUCGUGGACAAAACCAGAGUGGGAGCGUUCGGGGAGGUGUACGGAGGCUAUGUGACCAGCCUGCUGCUGAGCGGCGAGGAGUCCCCGGUCAAAUGCGGCGCCGUCCUGUCGCCCAUCACCGACUUCGAACUGUACGCUUCGGCUUUUUCUGAGCGAUAUCUGGGACUGCCCAAACCAGACCCCAGAGCUUACACAAUGGCAAACCUGGCUCACCGGGCCUCUCAGUUCAUGGACAAGAAGUUCCUGAUCAUCCACCCCACGGCAGACGAGAAAGUCCACUUCCAGCACACGGCGAAGUUCAUCUCCCAGCUCAUCAGUGAAAAGGCCAACUACACCUUACAGAUCUACCCGGACGAAGGCCACUUCCUGCACAGCGACACCACCCGGCAGCACCUCAGCCAGUCCCUGCUCAACUUCUUCGAGGAGUGCUUCAGGCUACCGGAGCGGGUGUUCGAGGAAGCUCUGGAGGAGGAGAUUGAAGACGAGGGUUAGCUCCACCACCCCCCCCCCCCCACACACACACACACCCCGCCCCGCCCCCUUUAGCCCCGCCCCCACCCUCAUUCCUUCCAGUGUCCACAAUAUGCAACUCUCACCCUUCCUGGUUCCACUCAGCCGAACCUGAGACUGUCCUUCCAGCAGGCGACGCUCAACCCCCUCCUCAUGCAUCCGCCCCCCUGUCCUCCGCCCCCUCCCCCACCUCCCCCCCAGACUGACGCCCUGACAGGAAGCUCCAGACACCCUGACAGGAAGUCGUCUCCUCUCACUCCAGACUUUGAGGCUGUGAGGAGAAGGAACCCCCGAAGCACAGAGCUGCUGGGCUCGAACCAGAACACUGAGCUCCAGUGUUUGUAUAAAAGAAAAAGAGGCCGUCUGGAAGAAGUCCGGACACGGGAAGCAACGUUCCUAUUUUUAAAAGUUGUGAAGAACUUUUCAUGUCGGACUGUGGUUGUGUCCAUUGUUCUUACAGUCUGUAAAAUAGCACACGAACAUCCACCCAGCUGCUCCAGAUCACCGUUUGGUUUUCAGUUCGACGUAUUUCCCGGAAGAUCCUCAAGACGAAAGGAACGAGGGCGACGCGCUUUCCUCCUCACGGUUCAUCAUGUUUAUCAUCAGAGAACAGGAAGUAGUUUUAGUCACUGUGCCUUACUUUGUCGCAAACCAUCCUGCAGCAGAAACGCAGUUAUUGACGCCAGUUUUGACCUUUAUGAGAAACCUGCUCAAUCGGGUUCCUGGAGGGAGUCAGAUUGAAAAGAUUGAUUUCACAUUUUAAUUGUUAAUAUUGGAUCUUAUUGUUGACAUUUGCAAACUAAAGACCUUGCUAUAGUGGGAUUAGAUUAUUUUUUAUUUCUCAUUGUGAUGGAAAACAGACGUAUUAAUCAAAGUACAAGGAUAAUUUUAUCCUUAUUCAGCCAUAUUAUGCUUCUCCUGGUCUAAAUGUAUUUUUAACUUUUGAUUAAAGGGAAGAUUCACGUCUAAGUUGUCCAAUAAAUACAUAUAAAUCUAUGAUUGUUGGUUGGUUAGCCAGUUAUGUAAGGGACAGUAGCAGCAAUGGAAAAAAUCAGCUCCACUGACGAGUCAGUUGGUUUAUUGAUGCUCGCUUGUUCGAUAUGUUUGAAAUGAUCAUGAUCGCCGCAUUAUCUCUGAACUUUCACACUUAUUGAAAAAUCCACAAGUUAUUUCCUCCAUAUUUGAGUCAGUCCUGAGUGACAUCAGUCUUUUCAUCCGACUCUCUGCAGAGACAGAAGCGUCUCUCCAAAGCCAACGGCAACUUCUGAAGUUGAUGUAAUGAAAUGAGUUGUUUAAAACAGGUAAUGUUCUGAACGUUAUGGUGACAAAAACUAAAAAUGUUAAAGUGCAUGCAUCGAGUUUGAAAAGUCUAACAUCCCAUUGUGAUUUAAUCUCAACUUCAAUCGGUGGAUAUAUUGUACAAAAGCCAUUAGGUUUUAAUAAAUAUGCAUUUGUAUAUAAUGGGAAAACUCAUGAUCUCACCAUCUGAAAUGAAUUCUCCAGGCACAUAUUGAUUUAAGAUCCUUCCUUCUUUUUUAAGUUAUUUGAUUCGAUCGGCCAUUUGUGUUCGGCUUUUCGUGCAUGUUCUGGUCAUUGGCAGCAGCACUAUCUCUCCCCCCCCCCCCUUCCCCCGAUCGCCCAGCUCCACACGGUAAUUCUUUGACAUCUUGAAUGUUUCCUUACUGGAUUGCAUAAAGGACAUUUCCAGUAGUGUUGUGAUUGAGAUCCCAGUCUCGUCAGCUUGAUGUGUAAAUGUUCUCCAGAUAUCAUUUUAUUCUAAAGAGAAGAGAAAAAAAAAAAGAAUCUGCAGUAUUACCUGAGUGUUAUUUGUGCAUAAAGCAUUUUGGAAGUUACAUCUGACUUUUCCUUUCAGUUCUCCUGUUGCUGUCUUGGGAGUCGGGUGGAAAAAGUGGACUUUCUAUAAACUUUUCCAAGAUGCUCAACUUUGUUACGCAAAGCUUCAAGGGAGAAUAAUGGCAGAACUGUGGCAUGAAGGUCGAUGUUAGAAUAAAA